UAACGCCUCUCCAUAACAGAAGAUCCCAGCAGAGUGUUGCUGUGAGACUGAUGAUAGGCAAACAGGCAGCAGGAAGAAACCUGGUAUCAGAGAGCAGCCUCUGUCACUUGCAGUCGUUGCAGUGUGUCAGGCUGCCAUACAAUGUGUGUAUCUCUCUAAUCCAGACCCCACAGCAAGCCGGGCAUCUACAGGAGGGAGACCAACAACCAAAAAAAAACCCCACAGCAAAACAUCUUCAUCAGCAAUAUGCAUUAGAACACUCCAUGAAAGAAGCCAAACCCCCAUGCAAUGAAGGAGCAGGCAGUGCAGUAGCUGCAGAGCAUGGAAGUGAGCUUGCUGUUCCUUCUGUAAUCUAACGACGUCAGCAAAGCAUCGCAGAAAGGAGGCAAGGAGAGGCAGACGGACUUAAGGGAAUAGAGAAGAGCUACAGAAAAACAAAGCGGCAUGAAAACCAAAAGUGACAACAGUAUGUUGAAAAGAAAACAGAGCUCAAGGGUAGAGGCCCAGCCAGUCACAGAUUUUGGUCCAGAUGAAUCUCUCUCCGACAAUGCAGAUAUCUUAUGGAUCAACAAACCAUGGGUUCAUUCCUUGCUACGAAUCUGUGCAAUCAUCAGUGUUAUCUCUGUUUGUAUGAACACCCCAAAGACGUUCGAACAUUAUCCACCUCUCCAGCAUGUGACAUUUGCCCUCGACACGUUACUGAUGUUUCUCUACACAGCAGAAAUGAUUGCAAAGAUGCACAUUCGUGGAAUCGUCAAGGGUGACACUUCCUAUGUAAAGGACCGGUGGUGUGUAUUUGAUGGAUUCAUGGUGUUUUGUCUUUGGGUAUCGUUAGUUUUGCAGGUGUUUGAAAUUGCAGAUAUAGUUGACCAGAUGUCUCCUUGGGGAAUGCUGCGGAUUCCACGUCCUCUAAUAAUGAUAAGAGCGUUUCGUAUUUAUUUCCGAUUUGAGCUACCAAGAACCAGGAUAACAAACAUUUUGAAGCGUUCUGGAGAACAAAUUUGGAGUGUGUCAAUAUUUUUAUUGUUUUUUCUACUUUUAUAUGGAAUUCUUGGAGUUCAGAUGUUUGGAACAUUUACCUAUCACUGUGUUACAAAUGAUACUCAACCUGGGAAUGUGACAUGGAACAAUUUAGCCAUUCCAGAUACUCACUGUUCGCCAGAAGGAGAAGGUUAUCAGUGUCCCAAAGGCUUUAAGUGCAUGGAUCUUAAUAACCUUGGACUGACCAGGCAAGAGUUUGGCUACAGUGGCUUUAAUGAGAUAGGAACCAGCAUAUUUACAGUUUAUGAAGCAGCUUCCCAAGAGGGAUGGGUUUUCCUCAUGUAUAGAGCAAUUGACAGCUUCCCCAGAUGGCGUUCCUACUUCUAUUUCAUUACUUUAAUCUUCUUUCUUGCCUGGCUUGUUAAGAAUGUCUUCAUUGCUGUGAUUAUUGAAACCUUUGCUGAAAUCAGGGUGCAAUUUCAACAAAUGUGGGGAUCUCGUAGCAGUACUACUUCAACAGCAACCACUCAGAUGUUUCAUGAGGAUUCAGCAGGCGGAUGGCAACUAGUGGCUGUAGAUGUGAAUAAGCCCCAAGGCAGAGCUCCAGCAUGUCUACAGAAAAUGAUGCGAUCCUCCAUUUUUCACAUGUUCAUACUGAGCAUGGUUGCUGUGGACGUAAUCGUUGCUGCAAGCAACUAUUAUAAAGGAGAGAACUUUAAAAGACAAUACGAUGAGUUCUAUCUGGCCGAGGUGGCUUUCACGGUGUUGUUUGACUUGGAGGCCUUGCUAAAGAUCUGGUGUUUGGGUUUCACUGGAUACAUUAGUUCAUCUCUUCACAAGUUUGAACUUUUACUUGUUGUGGGCACUACUCUUCACAUUUACCCAGAUCUUUACCAUUCCCAGUUCACUUACUUCCAGGUACUUAGGGUAGUACGGCUUAUUAAAAUAUCCCCUGCCCUAGAAGAUUUUGUGUAUAAAAUAUUUGGACCCGGUAAAAAAUUAGGCAGCUUGGUGGUAUUCACUGCCAGUCUAUUAAUUGUCAUGUCAGCUAUCAGCCUCCAGAUGUUCUGUUUUGUGGAAGAGCUUGACAGAUUCACAACUUUCCCAAGGGCAUUCAUGUCAAUGUUUCAGAUUCUGACACAGGAAGGAUGGGUAGACGUCAUGGAUCAGACUCUCAAUGCUGUAGGGCAUAUGUGGGCUCCUGUGGUAGCGAUUUACUUCAUCCUGUAUCAUCUUUUUGCUACUCUGAUUUUACUCAGUUUGUUUGUGGCGGUUAUCUUGGACAACCUUGAGCUUGAUGAAGAUUUAAAAAAGCUUAAACAGCUAAAGCAAAGUGAAGCUAAUGCUGACACCAAAGAAAAGCUACCCUUGCGUCUACGUAUCUUUGAGAAAUUUCCCAACAGGCCACAGAUGGUAAAGAUCUCUAAACUUCCUUCUGAUUUUACUGUUCCCAAAAUAAGGGAGAGUUUUAUGAAGCAGUUUAUUGAUCGUCAGCAGCAAGAUACUAGCUGCUUACUGAGAAGACUUCCAUCAGCUUCUUCGUCUUCAUGUGACCACUCCAAAAGAUCUGCAAUUGAGGACAAUAAGUACAUUGACCAAAAGCUUCGAAAAUCAGUUUUCAGUAUCCGAGCAAGAAAUCUUCUGGAAAAAGAAACAGCUGUGAAUAAAAUCCUCAGAGCGUGCACAAGGCAACGCAUGCUGAGUGGAUCCUUUGAAGGACAGCCUGCAAAGGAGAGAUCAAUUCUUAGUGUGCAACAUCAUAUACGACAAGAAAGAAGAUCACUAAGACAUGGUUCAAACAGUCAGAGGAUCAGCAGGGGAAAGUCUUUGGAAACGCUGACACAGGAUCACUCGAACACAGUGAGGUACAGAAAUGCACAGAGAGAAGACAGUGAUAUUAAAAUGAUCCAGGAAAAAAAAGAACAAGCAGAAAUGAAAAGGAAAGUGCAAGAAGAGGAACUACGGGAAAAUCAUCCAUACUUUGAUAAACCACUUUUUAUAGUUGGUCGUGAGCACAGGUUUAGAAAUUUUUGCAGAGUGAUUGUUCGUGCACGAUUUAAUGCCUCAAAAACCGAUCCUGUUACAGGAGCAGUGAAAAAUACUAAAUAUCACCAACUUUAUGAUUUGCUUGGGCUGGUCACAUAUCUUGAUUGGGUUAUGAUUGUAGUUACCAUAUGUUCCUGCAUAUCUAUGAUGUUUGAAUCGCCCUUCAGAAGGGUAAUGCAUACCCCCACUCUACAGAUUGCAGAAUAUGUCUUUGUGAUAUUCAUGAGCAUUGAACUGAAUCUGAAGAUUAUGGCAGAUGGCUUAUUUUUCACUCCAACAGCUGUCAUAAGAGACUUUGGAGGAGUAAUGGACAUAUUCAUAUAUCUUGUGAGUUUGAUUUUCUUAUGCUGGAUGCCCCAAAAUGUACCAGCAAAAUCUGGAACCCAGCUUCUAAUGGUGUUGCGUUGCCUGAGACCUCUCCGAAUAUUUAAGCUGGUACCUCAGAUGAGAAAGGUUGUGCGUGAACUUUUCAGUGGAUUCAAGGAAAUUUUUCUGGUAUCUAUUCUUCUCCUGACAUUGAUGCUAGUGUUUGCAAGCUUUGGCGUUCAGCUUUUUGCAGGAAAACUGGCAAAGUGCAAUGAUCCCCAUACCCUCACCAGGGAAGAUUGUCAUGGAAUAUUUCGAAUAAAUGUCCUUGUUUCUAAAAAUCUAAAUUUGAAACUAAAACCAGAGGAAAAAAAGCCAGGAUUUUGGGUUCCAAGAGUCUGGGCUAAUCCUCGUAAUUUUAAUUUUGACAAUGUGGGGAAUGCAAUGCUAGCUUUGUUUGAAGUACUGUCUUUGAAAGGAUGGGUGGAAGUUCGAGAUGUUAUCAUACAUCGUGUUGGACCAAUACACGGGAUAUAUAUUCAUGUUUUUGUGUUCCUUGGCUGUAUGAUUGGCCUGACUCUCUUUGUUGGGGUGGUUAUUGCAAACUUUAAUGAAAAUAAGGGUACAGCUUUGCUGACUGUUGAUCAAAGGAGAUGGGAAGAUCUAAAGAGCAGACUCAAGAUAGCUCAACCACUUCACCUCCCCCCUCGUCCAGAUAAUGAUGGCUUCAGGGCACGAAUGUAUGAUAUAACACAGCAUCCAUUUUUCAAGAGGACCAUUGCAGUACUUGUCUUGGCACAGUCUGUUCUUCUUUCUGUGAAGUGGGACGUUGAUGACCCAGUAACGGUUCCUUUGGCAACUAUGUCAGUGGUGUUCACCUUCAUUUUUGUUCUAGAGGUAACUAUGAAGAUAACUGCAAUGUCACCAGCUGGAUUUUGGCAAAGUAGACGAAAUCGAUAUGACCUUCUUGUUACUUCACUAGGUGUUAUUUGGGUGAUCCUUCAUUUUGCCUUACUGAAUGAAUAUACGUACAUGAUGGGUGCAUGCAUAAUUGUCUUCCGGUUCUUCUCUAUAUGUGGAAAACAUGUCACCCUUAAGAUGCUGCUGUUGACUGUGGUUGUCAGCAUGUACAAGAGUUUCUUCAUCAUCGUUGGCAUGUUUUUGUUGCUUCUCUGUUAUGCUUUUGCCGGCGUGGUUUUAUUUGGCACUGUGAAAUAUGGUGAAAAUAUAAACAGGCAUGCUAACUUUUCAACUGCGGGAAAAGCUAUCACUGUGCUCUUUCGAAUAGUGACAGGAGAAGACUGGAAUAAAAUAAUGCACGACUGCAUGGUACAGCCACCAUUUUGCACUCCUGAUAACAGCAGAUACUGGGAAACAGACUGUGGGAACUAUGCUGGGGCACUUAUGUAUUUCUGCUCCUUUUACGUCAUCAUUGCUUAUAUAAUGUUAAACCUUUUGGUUGCCAUCAUUGUGGAAAAUUUUUCCUUGUUUUACUCCACUGAAGAAGACCAGCUAUUAAGCCCUAACGAUCUGCGACAUUAUCAGAUAAUAUGGAACAUGGUUGAUGAUAAACGAGAGGGUGUAAUUCCUACAUUUCGUGUUAAGUUCCUCCUGAGGUUACUACGUGGAAGAUUAGAGGUAGACCUGGACAAGGACAAACUUCUGUUUAAGCACAUGUGCUAUGAAAUGGAAAGGCUGCAUAGUGGAGGAGAUGUUACCUUCCAUGAUGUGCUCAGUAUGCUUUCAUACAGAUCAGUGGAUAUUAGAAAAAGCCUGCAGCUGGAGGAGUUGCUGGCCCGGGAACAGCUGGAAUACACUAUAGAAGAAGAAGUAGCAAAACAAACAAUAAGAAUGUGGCUUAAAAAAUGUCUGAAACGUAUUAGAGCAAAACAACAGCAAUCAUGCAGCAUUAUCCAUAGCCUCAGGGAGAGCCAGCAGCAAGAGUUGAGCAGGUUUUUGAACCCUCCCAGCAUUGAGACAACCCAACCAAGUGAUGAUAUGAAUUUAAAUAACCAAGAUAAUGCACAACCAGAAACAAGUAGUCAACAGCAGCUGCUAAGCCCAACUCUUUCGGAUCGAGGUGGCUACCGUCAGGAUUCACUUGAAGCUGGUAAACCUCAAAGAAAAUUUGGACAAUGGCGUUUGCCAUCUGCACCAAAGCCUAUAAGUCAUUCCGUGUCAUCUGUUAACUUGAGAUUCGGAGGUCGUACAACAAUGAAGUCAGUAGUGUGCAAAAUGAAUCCUAUGUCUGAUGCAGUCUCCUGUGGUUCAGAGGUCAAGAAAUGGUGGACAAGGCAACUUACAGUGGAAAGUGAUGAAAGUGGAGAUGAUCUUCUUGAUAUGUGAGGACAAAGCGAAGUACAUCGCAUCACAUUUUUAUACUGCUGAAAGAAAGAAAAAAACACACCGAAAGGAAAAAGUACCAAAACUAGUAAAUAAUAUGAAGUUAUUUUAUAUGAGAAACAAAACCUCCGAAAUAUAUAGAGGUCAUGUGCUAAAUUGGAAAACAUUUUUUACAUUCUGAUAAAGAAGCAUUGGACACAGGCUGGCCGAUAAUAUGUAUAGUUUUCACUGGUGUAUGCAGUCUGAAGCCAAAUCAUGCCCCUCUGGAAAAAAUGGAGGCAACGUGACCUUGUCAGAAGUUUGUAAUCUGGGUAACCAAAAAAUACAGAUUUUAUUUAUACUUUUGUUAAGGUAAACUUUCAUAAAUGAUAGGCUGUGUUUGUGUGAAAAAGAAGGGUAUUUUAAUGCCAUAAUUGAUAUAAAAGGGGCACUCCAAGAAGCAUAACCAUAGGCAGUAAAUGUCGGCAUUUAAAUUCCUGAUUAUGUUAUUUUUGAAUCCUGGGUCCCGAACUCCACCGUUUUUUUUAAUGUAAUUUUUGGUCAUUACAGUUUCCAUGUUUAGCUGCCCAAGUACGUGUGCAAAAUAAAUAUGCGGUGCCUGCUUACAUCAUGAAUGUCAGCCUCCUGAAGUUACUAGAGGUAUUCUAUGAGUGCACAUGUGUGUACACAGCACUGUUCCCCUGUCCUGCUUAGAGUGCAGUGUCUGCAUGUUCUCUGAACUAAUAAACUUUCAGAUACAAAUCCUAGCUGCUCGACCACUUGGCUGGCUGAAUGCAAUACAUUAGUGGGUAACUGGUGGAGUUUGCCCAGGAUUUGCUAAAAGUAUGAUAAUAACAGGUCCAUUACAGCUUCAUUGCAUCAAAACCACUACAGAAAGCUGUAGUGGUUAUGGUGCUUAGGAUAUCCCUUCAAGAUAACAUCGUGUUUGGAUUACAAGUUCCAAAUAUAGGUCAUAUAGCAAAUAUACAGAAUAUGGCAGGGAACACAAACAAUGCCUUUCUAGAGAGAAUUUACAGGCAAGGCUUGGCAACAAAAACAAAAAUGUUUUACAAAUAGUCUUUCAAUUUUUCAAGUUCAAUUUUGAUGCACUGUGUGUGCACAGAAUGCAUAUACUUUUUAACAUAUUCACCGCUAAAACAUUUUUAUCACAGGUGUGUACAUGCAGAAGUGUAUAGAUCAUAUUAAGCAAUACAUAUUUUUCAUUCUUUCUUAGCAUGCGUGUGUAAAAAAGAGUUUCACUAACAAGAAAAUGUGUAUCAUGGACCCUUUUUCUUAUUCAUACCUAUUAUAUGUGCGAUAUUAUAUGUGACACAUUUUUAGAUAUUUGGAGGCUUGUUUUUUUAAGUUGCAACUUCUUUGGUGUAAUUCAUGUAAGAAUUUGUUGUACAGGCCAAAAACCAGGACAUUUUACAUACUUACCAUAAUUUUCUCUUCCUGGCUAGUAUCCAUGUCACCAUCACCUAUGGGUGAGCUUAACACUCUUUCCUCUCAGCUGAUUAGGUCAGGAAUAUUCACAUUUUGAGUAAGGUUUUUACAAGGUAGGAAGAGAAACGUUGAUACUGACAUGGAUACUAGCCAGGAAAAGAAAAUGAAAGUAAAUAUGUAAAUUGUUCUGUUUUCCUGGCUAAUCCAUGUCAGCAGCAC